GCUGGCAUGAUGGCGGCCGACACGCAGGUUUCCGAGACACUGAAGCGCUUUGCUGGGAAGGUGACGACAGCCAGUGUGAAGGAACGCAGAGAAAUCCUCGGUGAACUGGGGAAAUGUGUUUCUGGAAAAGAUCUGCCAGAGGGAGCGGUAAAAGGACUCUGCAAAUUAUUCUGCUUGACCCUGCAUCGCUACAGGGAUGCGGCCUCCCGCAGAGCCCUGCAGGCCGCCAUCCAGCAGCUGGCUGAGGCACAGCCAGAAGCCACCGCUAAGAACCUUUUGCACUCUCUGCAGUCCUCAGGCAUCGGCUCCAGAGCGGUUGUGCCCAGCAAGAGCAGUGGCUCAGCAGCCCUGCUGGCCUUGUCCUGGACCUGCCUCCUGGUGCGCAUUGUCUUCCCCUCCAGAACCAAGCGGCAAGGAGAUGUCUGGAACAAACUGGUUGAGGUGCAGUGCCUGCUCUUGCUGGAGGUGCUGGGCGGCUCUCACAAACAUGCCGUGGAUGGUGCCGUGAAGAAGCUCACCAAGCUGUGGAAAGAGAACCCAGGGCUGGUGGAGCAGUACCUGUCAGCCAUUCUCAGCCUAGAGCCCAGUCAGCACUACGCGGGCAUGCUGGGGCUGCUGGUGCAGUUCUGCACCAACCACAAGGAGAUGGAUGUGGUCAACCAGCACAAAAGUACCCUGCUAGAGUUUUACGUGAAGAACAUUCUGAUGAGCAAAGUCAAGCCGCAGAAAUACCUGCUGGAUAACUGUGCACCUCUGCUCCGCUACAUGUCCCAUGCAGAAUUUAAGGACCUGAUACUCCCCACCAUACAGAAGUCCUUGUUGAGGAGUCCAGAGAAUGUCAUUGAAACUAUCUCCAGUCUUCUGGCCUCGGUGACUCUAGACCUCAGCCAGUAUGCCCUGGACAUUGUGAAAGGACUGGCUAGCCAGCUGAAGUCCAACAGCCCCCGCCUGAUGGACGAGGCUGUGCUGGCAUUGCGGAACUUGGCCCGCCAGUGCAGCGAUCCCUCGGCCAUGGAGGCGCUGACCAGACACCUCUUCGCUAUCCUUGGAGGCUCCGAGGGAAAGCUAACUAUCGUAGCCCAGAAGAUCAGUGUCCUCUCAGGGAUCGGAAGUCUCAGUCACCACGUGGUGUCCGCACCUUCCAGCCAGGCUCUAAAUGCAGCCGUGGCAGAGCUGUUCAUCCCAUUCCUCCAGCAGGAAGUUCACGAGGGCACCUUGGUGCAUGCCGUCUCUGUCCUGGCUCUCUGGUGCAACCGCUUCACCACGGAUGUUCCCAAGAAGCUCACGGAGUGGUUCAAGAAAGCCUUCAGCCUUAAGACCUCCACAUCUGCUGUGAGGCACGCCUACCUGCAGUGCGUGCUGGCCUGUUUCCGAGGUGACACGCUGUUGCAGGCCCUGGACCUGCUGCCCCUUCUCAUUCAGACGGUAGAGAAGGCAGCUUCCCAGUGCACUCAAGUGCCCAUAGUCACCGAAGGGGUUGCUGCAGCCCUGCUGCUCUCCAAGCUUUCUGCAGCUGACUCCCAGGCUGAGGCCAAACUAGGCAAUUUCUGGCAGCUGGUUUUGGAUGAGAAAAAGCAGUUUUUCACAUCUGAGAAAUUCCUGCUCCUGGCCUCCGAGGACGCCCUUUGCACAGUGCUGCAGCUCACAGAGAGACUUUUCCUCGACCACCUGCAGAGACUCACAGGCACCAGAGUCCAACAGUACCACAGGGCUCUGGUGGCGGUGCUUCUCAGCCGCCCCUGGCACAUGCAGCAGGCCCAGCAGACGGUCCGGAAGCUGCUGUCCUCACUCGGGGCCUUGAAGCUGGCUCACGGUCUCCUGGAGGAGCUGAAGACGGUCCUCAGCUCUCACAAGGUGAGGGCGUUGCUGCCCUUAGAUGUGCUGGUGACGGAUGGCGCGAGGGUGACUGAGGCAGGCAAAGCCUACGUGCCCCCGCGGGUGCUGCAGGAGGCCCUGUCUAUCAUCUCAGGAUGCCAGGGUUGGGAGGGGUGGACAUUGGCCCACACCGAGCAGCUGGCCCAGGAGAUGCUGAUCAUCUCCCACCACCCGAUCCUUAGGUUGGCAGUGCAGUCUGGGCUCUGGCCAGUGGCUUCUCAGCAGGAUGAAGAUCUGAUCCCGAAGCCUUCAUCACCCAGGCACCUGGACCAGAUCAUUCCCAGGAUCACCACACAGAGCCCCCUUGGGCAGUCUGCUAUGAACGCCAUGGGCUCCCUUUCCAUCCUGUCCCCAGACCGGGUCCUGCCCCAGCUCCUCAGCACCAUCACCGCAUCCGUGCAGAAGCCACUGUGCCAGGUGACUCGCGAGGAGUUUGCCAUUAUGCAAACCCCCGCUGGGGAGCUGUACGACAAGUCCAUCCUGCAGAGUGCCCAGCAGGACAGUCUCAAAAAGGCCAACAUGAAGCGAGAGAACAAGGCUUAUUCCUUCAAAGAGCAGAUCAUCGAGCUGGAGCUCAAGGAGGAGAUAAAGAAGAAGAAAGGCAUCAAAGAGGAAGUGCAGCUGACGAGCAAGCAGAAGGAGAUGCUGCAGGCCCAGCUGGACAAGGAGGCAAAUAUCCGGAGGCGGCUGCAGGAGCUGGACAGCGAGUUGGAGUCGGCACUCGGACUGCUGGACACCAUCCUGGCCAAGAACCCCUCCGGCCUGACCCAGUACAUCCCUGUCCUGGUUGACUCUUUCCUGCCCUUGCUGAAAUCUCCGCUGGCUGCUCCCAGGAUCAAGAAUCCUUUCCUGGCCUUGGCUGCCUGUGUGAUGCCGCCGAGGCUCAAGGCAUUGGGCACUUUGGUGAGCCAUGUGACGCUGCGUCUGCUGAAGCCAGAGUGUGUCCUGGACAAGUCCUGGUGUCAGGAAGAGCUGCCGGUGGCUGUGCAGAGGGCUGUGGCCCUGCUGCACAGCCACACCAUCCCCGCCAGGGUAGGCAAGAGUGAGCCAGAUGCAGCUCCCCUGUCAGCACCAGCCUUCUCUUUGGUCUUCCCAUUUCUGAAGAUGGUGCUGACGGACAUGCCCUGCCACAGCGAGGAGGAGGAGGAGCGUAUGGCCCAGAUCCUGCAGAUCCUCAUUGUCCACUCGCAGUUGAGGGCUGCCCCGAGCAGCAAGCCUGGCCAUGUGGACGAGAACGGCCCGGAGCUGCUGCCUCGAGUGGCCAUGCUGCGUCUCCUGACCUGGGUGAUCGGGACCGGCUCGCCACGCCUGCAGGUCCUGGCCUCGGACUCACUGACCACGCUGUGUGCCAGCAGCAGCGGCAGGGAGGGCUGUGCCUUUGCCGAGCAGGAGGAGGUGGAUGUGCUGCUGAGUGCCUUGCAGUCCCCUUGUGCCAGCGUGCGGGACACCGCUCUUCGGGGGCUGAUGGAGCUGCACAUGGUGCUGCCUGUGCCAGACACAGACGAGAAGAACGGCCUGAACCUGCUGCGCAGACUCUGGGUGGUCCGGUUCGACAGGGAGGAGGAGAUCCAGAAGCUGGCGGAGAGGCUCUGGUCAACCAUGGAUCUGAACCUGCAGCCUGACCUCUGCUCUCUGCUGAUUGACGACGUUAUUUAUCACGAGGCAGCUGUGAGGCAGGCCGGGGCAGAGGCGCUCUCACAGGCGGUGGCCCGUUACCAGAGGCAGGCGGCCGAAGUCAUGGGCCGGCUCAUGGAGAUCUACCAAGAGAAGCUCUUCCGCCCACCUCCAGUGCUGGAUGCUCUAGGCCGAGUCAUUUCCGAGUCACCCCCGGAUCAGUGGGAAGCCAGGUGUGGCUUGGCUUUGGCCCUGAACAAACUCUCCCAGUGUUUGGACAACUCUCAAGUGAAGCCUCUCUUUCAAUUUUUUGUCCCUGAUGCCCUCAAUGAUCGAAACCCCGAUGUCCGGAAGUGCAUGCUUGACGCAGCUCUUGCAACUCUUAACAACCAUGGGAAGGAGAACGUAAACUCGCUGCUGCCGGUUUUUGAGGAGUUCCUGAAAGAUGCCCCCAACGAUGCUAGCUAUGAUGCUGUGCGGCAGAGCGUGGUGGUCCUCAUGGGCUCCCUGGCCAAGCACUUGGACAAGAGUGACCCCAAAGUGAAGCCCAUCGUAGCUAAGCUCAUUGCUGCCCUCUCAACCCCCUCCCAACAGGUACAGGAGUCCGUGGCCAGCUGCCUGCCACCCCUGGUACCAGCCAUCAAGGAGGAUGCGGGUGCGAUGAUCCAGCGGCUUAUGCAGCAGCUGCUGGAGUCGGACAAGUAUGCGGAGCGCAAGGGGGCGGCGUACGGGCUGGCCGGGCUGGUGAAGGGCCUGGGGAUCCUCUCGCUGAAGCAACAGGAGAUGAUGGCAGCACUUACCGAUGCCAUCCAGGAUAAGAAGAACUUCCGGCGGCGAGAGGGAGCCCUCUUCGCCUUUGAGAUGCUCUGCACCAUGCUGGGGAAGCUGUUCGAGCCCUAUGUGGUGCACGUGCUGCCGCACCUGCUGCUCUGCUUUGGGGACGGGAACCAGUACGUGCGCGAGGCUGCAGAUGACUGUGCCAAGGCAGUGAUGAGCAACCUCAGUGCCCAUGGGGUGAAGCUGGUGCUGCCCUCGCUGUUGGCUGCCCUGGAGGAGGAGUCCUGGAGGACCAAGGCUGGGUCUGUAGAGCUGCUGGGGGCAAUGGCCUACUGCGCUCCCAAGCAGCUCUCCUCCUGCCUGCCCAACAUCGUACCCAAGCUGACAGAGGUGCUUACCGACUCCCACGUGAAAGUGCAGAAGGCUGGCCAGCAAGCGCUCAGGCAGAUUGGCUCCGUCAUCCGGAACCCCGAGAUCCUGGCCAUUGCCCCGGUCCUGCUGGACGCCCUGACUGACCCCUCCAGAAAGACCCAGAAGUGUUUGCAGACCCUCUUGGACACCAAGUUUGUCCACUUCAUCGAUGCCCCGUCCCUGGCCCUCAUUAUGCCCAUCGUCCAGAGAGCCUUCCAGGACCGUUCCACGGACACUCGGAAGAUGGCAGCCCAGAUCAUCGGCAACAUGUACUCCCUCACUGACCAGAAGGACUUGGCUCCUUACCUGCCGAGCGUGACACCUGGCCUGAAGGCCUCCCUUUUGGACCCUGUGCCUGAGGUGCGUACGGUGUCAGCUAAGGCUCUCGGGGCCAUGGUGAAGGGCAUGGGGGAGUCGUGCUUUGAGGACCUGCUGCCAUGGCUGAUGGAGACGCUGACCUAUGAGCAGAGCUCUGUGGACCGCUCGGGCGCAGCACAAGGUUUGGCCGAGGUCAUGGCUGGCUUGGGGGUGGAGAAGUUGGAGAAGCUGAUGCCUGAAAUUGUGGCCACGGCUAGCAAAGUGGACAUCGCCCCACACGUCCGAGAUGGCUACAUCAUGAUGUUCAACUACCUGCCCAUCACCUUCGGGGACAAGUUCACACCAUAUGUGGGGCCUAUCAUCCCCUGUAUCCUCAAAGCUCUUGCUGAUGAGAACGAGUUUGUGCGUGACACUGCCCUGCGAGCCGGCCAGCGGGUCAUCUCCAUGUACGCUGAGACGGCCAUCGCCUUGCUGCUUCCCCAGCUCGAGCAAGGACUCUUUGAUGACCUCUGGAGAAUAAGAUUCAGCUCUGUGCAGCUCCUCGGGGAUCUCCUCUUCCACAUCUCCGGGGUCACCGGGAAGAUGACCACAGAGACGGCCUCGGAGGAUGACAACUUCGGAACUGCCCAGUCCAACAAGGCCAUCAUCACUGCCCUGGGUGUUGACCGGCGGAACCGGGUGCUGGCAGGGCUGUACAUGGGCCGCUCUGACACACAGCUGGUUGUGAGGCAGGCCUCCUUGCACGUCUGGAAGAUCGUGGUCUCCAAUACUCCCCGCACCCUGCGUGAGAUCCUGCCCACUCUCUUCGGGCUCUUGCUAGGGUUCCUGGCCAGCACGUGUGCAGAUAAGAGAACGAUUGCCGCAAGGACACUGGGCGACCUGGUUCGCAAGUUAGGGGAGAAGAUCCUGCCCGAGAUCAUCCCCAUCCUGGAAGAAGGCCUGAGGUCUCCGAAGAGCGAUGAGCGGCAGGGUGUGUGCAUUGGCCUGAGUGAGAUCAUGAAAUCCACGAGCCGAGAUGCCGUGCUGUUCUUCUCCGAGUCCCUCGUGCCCACGGCGCGGAAGGCGCUAUGUGACCCACUGGAGGAGGUGAGAGAGGCGGCUGCCAAGACCUUUGAGCAGCUGCAUUCAACCAUUGGCCACCAGGCGCUCGAGGACAUUCUCCCCUUCCUCCUCAAGCAGCUGGACGAUGAGGAUGUGUCAGAAUUUGCCCUGGAUGGUCUGAAACAAGUGAUGGCCAUCAAGAGUCGAGUGGUGCUGCCCUAUCUCGUGCCCAAGCUGACCACCCCGCCUGUCAACACUCGGGUGCUGGCUUUCCUCUCAUCCGUGGCGGGUGAUGCCCUGACCCGGCACCUUGGCGUUAUCCUCCCCGCUGUCAUGUUGGCCCUGAAGGAGAAGCUUGGAACACCAGAUGAGCCGCUGGAGAUGGCCAACUGCCAGGCUGUGAUCCUGUCUGUUGAGGAUGACGUUGGGCACCGGGUCAUCAUCGAGGACCUACUGGAGGCCACCCGCAGCCCCGAGGUGGGCAUGAGGCAGGCUGCCGCCAUCAUCCUCAACAUCUACUGCUCCCGCUCCAAGGCCGACUACACCUGCCACCUGAGGAGCCUGGUCUCGGGCCUGAUUCGCCUCUUUAACGACUCCAGCCCUGUGGUGCUCGAGGAGAGCUGGGAUGCCCUGAACGCCAUCACCAAGAAGCUGGAUGCUGGGAACCAGCUUGCCCUCAUUGAUGAGCUCCACAAGGAAAUCCGGCUUGUAGGGAACGAGAGCAAAGGCGAGCACGUGCCCGGGUUCUGCCUCCCAAAGAAGGGUGUCACCUCCAUCCUCCCAGUGUUGCGAGAGGGAGUCCUGACAGGCAGCCCAGAACAGAAGGAAGAAGCAGCCAAGGCCUUAGGCCUGGUGAUCCGGCUGACAUCAGCGGAUGCCCUGCGGCCCUCUGUGGUUAGCAUCACCGGGCCUCUGAUCCGCAUCCUGGGCGACCGCUUCAGCUGGAAUGUGAAGGCAGCUCUGCUGGAGACCCUCAGCCUCCUGCUAGCAAAGGUCGGGAUUGCCCUGAAGCCUUUCCUGCCGCAGCUGCAAACCACUUUCACCAAAGCCCUGCAAGACUCCAACCGGGGGGUGCGCCUGAAGGCUGCCGAGGCUCUGGGGAAGCUCAUCUCCAUCCACAUCAAGGUGGACCCCCUCUUCACCGAGCUGCUCAAUGGCAUCCGAGUCAUGGAGGACCCCGGGGUCAGGGAUACCAUGCUGCAGGCCCUGAGGUUUGUGAUCCAGGGUGCAGGGGCCAAGGUGGAUGCUGCCAUUCGCAAGAACGUGGUCUCAAUGCUGCUGAGCAUGCUGGGACAUGACGAGGACAACACACGCAUCUCCUCGGCAGGGUGCCUGGGGGAGCUGUGUGCCUUUCUCCCCGAAGAGGAGCUCAGCGCCAUUCUCCAGAACUGUCUUCUUGCGGAUGUAUCUGGCAUCGACUGGAUGGUCCGGCAUGGCCGCAGCCUUGCACUCUCUGUGGCUGUGAACGUGGCUCCCGGCAGACUCUGUAUGGGCAAGUACAGCAGCGAUGUCCAGGACAUGAUCCUCAGCAAUGCCGUGGCCGACAGGAUUCCCAUUGCAGUGAGUGGGGUCCGAGGCAUGGGCUUCCUGAUGAAGCAUCACAUUGAGGCAGGAAAGGGCCAGCUCCCAGCCAAGCUGUCCAGCCUAUUCAUUAAGUGUCUGCAGAACCCAUCCAGUGACAUCAGGCUGGUGGCCGAGAAGAUGAUCUGGUGGGCAAAUAAGGACCCGCUGCCGCCCCUUGACCCCCAGGCCAUCAAGCCCAUCCUGAAGGCCCUUCUUGACAACACUAAGGAUAAAAACACUGUUGUACGGGCCUACAGCGACCAGGCCAUUGUCAACCUCCUCAAACUGCGGCAGGGUGAAGAGGUGUUUCAGGCCCUCUCCAAGAUCCUGGAUGUGGCCAGCUUAGAGGUGCUCAAUGAGUGCAACCGGAGGUCCCUGAAGAAGCUGGCCAGCCAGGCCGAUUCCUUGGAACAGGUGGAUGACACCAUUCUGACCUGAGCAGCCGGGCCCACAGCAGCAUUUUUGGCUCCACAUCUUAGUUCAAUGUUUUCGUUUUUGAAAAUAACGUCUGUUCCGAUGGGGAGCUUGGAGAUGGCAUUCCCAGAAACUAUUUUAAUAUAUCAACAGACCACAGCAAAGCCUUAAAUCAAACACACACACGCACGCGCACACACACACACACAUACAUACACAUACAUACAUACAUACACACACACACACAUGAAAAAUGGCCUCCUCCAUCUCACCCUUUUCUUUAGAGAGGGGGGAAAAAAAGCACAUGCUUGAGACUCACUGAACUGUCACCAGAGCUGCUCAUCCAGCUUCGCAUGACUGGUCUGGAACAAGUGGGGCCAACUUCUGGUUCCCCUCUACUGUGCCAGAACUCUGCACCCAGAGCUGCCGCUCUCGGCCCCUUGCCUAGAUGCAGAGCAGGGCACGGAAAGGCGCAAGUCUGCCAGGUACAGCGUGUCUUGGUCUUGGUGUUUCACAAUGGUGAGGCCCAAUCAGUCAGGCCCCUGCCAGGUGGAAUGAGACCAGUGUGGCCCAGGAAGUUCCCAGGUGGGGGAGGAGAGAGGUUCAGUGCAGGCUGCUUGAAGAGGAAUACUGAAUAAAGGCUUUGAUUUCAUCAUAA